CUGCACACCCAGUGCCGUGUCUUCGUCAGCGCACCAGCGUUGUUGACGAAGGAAGCAUACUUGUACACUGUCUAAAUACUGGCCGACACUACACGUUCGGAUCACGAAACGCACGGCCGUGAAGCAAUCAUGCGGCCAAUAAGCCCAGAUCACUUUGCUGUUCCCACGGCAUUAGCUCAUCGGUCACACAACCCUCGGCAUACCAUCAGCUCGAGCUUCUCGUUCACCAUUCCGGAGACGUGGAGGCCAAAGGGCGGAAUCGUGCGCUGGAUCAACGAGCUGCCUGGGCCUAAGGCAAGAGAGGAGCCAUUGGAGCCAACACCAAUGCUUGGCCAGAAGCAUGACCUGGAACCGGACAAUGAGAAGACGCCGACCUCGGAAGACCACCGCAACAAGCGCACGAGACGCUUCUCGGCAGCAAGCUUUACCAAGUCUCAUGACCAGAUGCAGCAACAGACCAGCCUCUUUACCAGAGGACAUCGCGCUGUCGCGAGCAUCUCAAGCACCUUCACCAGCACCAGCCGCCAUCGCCGCCAAGACCAACACCAGGAACAACCAGUCUCACGCAGCGAGACCGCAGCCUCGAACUAUACGGUCGUCUACCAGCAGAGUGACUACUACCACCAUCACCACCACCAUGGGGACGACCAGCAGCAGGGACAGCACCGGUACGCCAAGGACAACACCUCGUCGAGACGUGCGUCCUCGACAAUGGCGGGGACGACCGCGCGCGGCUCCGUGAUUUCCAACUCGCCGCCUGGCACGCCGCUCACGAUUCCCGGCCGAGCCAGGAUGAGGUUCGCUUUUGUCGGGGACUCCGGGUGUGGCAAGUCUAGCUUGCUCCUGUGAGUUUUCUUUCUCGUACGGCUGAUGAUUACUGCGAUGAUUGUCGCUGACCUUGGCUUUAUUUCUGCGCAGUCGGUACUAUCGCGAUACUUUCACUGAGGUCAGUUUUCUUUUUUCCCCCUGAUCUGUAUUACCGCAAUUCGUUCCAGGUCAUGUGUUGCGAUCGGUUUCAUCCAUAAACGAUCAAGUGCCGCACAUCGAGAGCUCUGGCUGACCUCGGGCCCUCUCCUCG